GCUUAUGAGAGUGAAAAUAUUUUGUGUAACACUUCUUACUUUAGUCGUAAAUUGUUUUUUAUAUAGUUUUAUUGUAGGUUUGUAAAAUGGUGCUAAGAAUAAAUGCUUCUCAAGUUUUUGUCUGUAUAAUGCUAGUAUUGUCCAUAUGCAAAAGUUCACCUGUGAACGACAGAAGAGCCUCUAGAAAUGAAGUGGGUGAAUCACAUAGAGCUACAAUUGUACCAAAACAAAUAAGACGACGUCCUGACUACAAUGAUCUUGUGGAACUGAAGAACGUCGAUCUGGCGUACGGGACAAAAUUAUCAAGUCUGGAAGAGCCACAAGCUUUAAAACUUGAUAUAAAAGAAGACGACGAGGAGCAAAUUGAUUCUGGAGCAAAUGAAGAAGCGUCACCAAUUCAAGUGGACCGAGAUGCACCGAACGCUCCAGCUGACCCUACCAAACCCCGCAAGAGAAAAUCUACAAGAUGCAGUACGGACAGAAGCAUAACUCUUGGUCCAGAUUUUCAAUUGAGCAGCAGCGCCGAAAACAACGAUGAAGGAAAUGGAGAAGACGACGAAGUCAAAAAAGGAAUAACAAAACUUUACUAUGGCCCUCCAAUGGCAAAGACCCCCGAUCAUUACAUAGACGAUGCAUAAUCGAGGUCAACUUAUACUGUUACUGUGUAAAUAUGUUGUAAUUAAUUUGUAUACUUUGGCGUAUAUUUCUCUUUGUUAAUUUUUACAUGAAAUAAAGACUUUGU